AUGCCCGCCCCAUCAUUUGAUGAACUCGACACGGCCGCAGGCGCUGAUAUGCCCGAAAUCUCUCACGCCAGUAUUUCUGUUAUUGGGGGCUUAGGUAUUUGGAACUACCUUCGUGGUUAUCAAAGUACCGAAGUAGCACCGUUUCUACCCGCUUCGAGAUUCCUUGUCAAUUCUUUUGCAUCAGGACCUCGAAUUUCUCCUAACUGCUUCCAAGGUGCUCCUAAGGCAAUCAAGGACGAGCUACUUGCUAUUCCGUCGACACCAUUCCAGCAGCAAACACAGCAGUUCUUCUAUAAGGGACCAGGCGGCAAAUCAAUCCAGACCGAUAUAAUUCAAGACUGGAUGUCACCUUAUGUCUCAUCCAUGGCGCUCUCGAUUCUAGCCCUUUAA